GAUUAGCUAUGGCCGUUGGGAUGGCGGCAGCGGCCGCGGACUGAGGCUUCUCCCGUGCGGGGGGGGGGCCUGGCCGCGGGGAGCCGCUCGACGCGAGUAGGCACCUGCGGCCUGCCCCGGGGCCCGCCCCUCCUCCCUUCCCCAUCGCCGUCCUGCGCCCGCCUGCAGGAUGAAGGCGGCUCAGGGGGGCGCUGAGGAAGCAGAGAAGCUGAACAAGAUGAGUUCUCUCUUGGAAAGACUUCAUGCAAAGUUUAACCAGAACAGACCUUGGACUGAAACUGUGAAGCUUGUCCGUCAAGUCAUGGAAAAACGUGUUGUGAUGAACUCCGGAGGGCAUCAACAUCUGGUGAGCUGUUUGGAGACUUUGCAGAAGGCAUUGAAAGUAUCAUCCCUUCCCGCCAUGACAGAUCGCUUGGAAUCUAUAGCUAGACAGAAUGGCCUUGGAUCUCACCUUAGUGCAAAUGGCACUGAAUGUUACAUCACUUCAGACAUGUUCUAUGUGGAAGUCCACUUAGAUUCUACAGGGCUGCUGUGUGAUGUCAAGGUGGCUCACCAUGGAGAAAAUCCUGUGAGCUGUCCAGAGCUGGUGCAACAUCUGAGAGAGAAAAACUUUGAUGAAUUCUCUAAGCAUCUGAAAGGACUUGUGAACCUGUAUAAAUUGCCAGGAGACAACAAGCUUAAAACUAAAAUGUACUUGGCUCUACAGUCCUUGGAGCUGGAUCUCAUUAAGAUGGCAUCAAUGUAUUGGCAAGCUACCAACGCAAGUCCCCUUGACAAGAUUUUGCAUGGCAGUGUUGGGUAUCUCACCCCACGAAGUGGAGGUCAUCUUAUGAACCUCAAGUAUUACAUUUCCCCAUAUGAUCUGUUUGAAGAUGGUACCAGGGCCCCCAUUGCUCUACAUGAUAACAAUGUUCCUCGGUCUUUAGGCUUGAAUGUAUCAGUAACAAUCGAAGGAACCUUAGCGAUGUACAAACUCCCCAUUGCACCAUUAAUUAUGGGGUCCCAUCCUGUUGACAACAAAGGGACUCCAUCCUUUUCAUCAGUCACCAGUGCCAACAGUGUUGAUUUGCCAGCAUGCUUCUUCUUGAAGUUCCCACGACCUAUUCCAGUAUCCCAAGCUUUCAUUCAGAAACUUCAGAGCUGCACAGGAAUUCCAUUGUUUGACACCCCACCAGCAUUUGUCCCCCUGUAUGAGCUGAUUACACAAUUUGAGUUAUCCAAGGAGACAGAUUCUGUACCUUUAAACCACAACAUGCGCUUCUAUGCAGCUCUUCCAGGGCAGCAGCACUGCUAUUUCCUGAACAAGGAUGCUCCUCUACCAGAUGGCAGAAGUCUACAAGGAACCCUCAUUAGUAAAAUUGCCUUCCAACAUCCUGGCAGGGUCCCCCUCAUCCUCAAUUUGAUCAGGCAUCAAGUGGCCUACAACACGCUGAUUGGUAGUUGUGUCAAGCGAACUGUUUUAAAAGAAGAUUCUCCUGGGAUCCUGCAAUUUGAAGUGUGUCCUCUUUCUGAUUCCUGUUUCAGUGUAUCCUUUCAGCAUCCUGUGAAUGAUUCCCUUGUGUGUGUGGUAAUGGAUGUGCAGGAUUCCACACAUGUGAACUGUAAACUAUAUAAAGGGCUCUCUGAUGCUCUCAUCUGUACAGAUGACUUCAUUGCCAAAGUUGUUCAAAGAUGUAUGUCCAUUCCUGUGACCAUGAGAGCUAUUCGUAGGAAAGCAGAAACCAUUCAGGCAGAUACUCCCGCCCUGUCCCUCAUUGCAGAGACAGUAGAAGAUAUGGUGAAGAAAAACCUUCCCCCAGCCAGCAGCCCCGGGUAUGGCAUGACCACAGGCAGCAACCCAAUGAGUGGUACCACCACACCAACAAACACUUUUCCUGGGGGGCCCAUCACUACCUUGUUUAAUAUGAGCAUGAGCAUGAAAGAGAGGCAUGACUCAGUGGGCCAUGGGGAGGACUUCAGCAAAGUGUCUCAGAACCCAAUUCUCACUAGUUUGUUGCAGAUCACAGGGAAUGUGGGCUCUGCCAUUGGCUCAAGUCCAACCCCUCCCCAUCACACACCACCACCAGUAUCCUCACCAGCAAGCAACACCAAGAACCACCCCAUGCUCAUGAACCUUCUUAAAGACAAUCCCCCUCAGGAUUUCUCCACUCUGUAUGGGAGCAGCCCUCUCGAAAGGCAGAACUCGUCUUCUGGCUCCCCCAGAAUGGAAAUGGGCCCUGGGGGGAAUAAGCAAAAGAAAAAAAAAUCACGCAUACCGGCAGACAAGCCCAAGCAUCAGACUGAGGAUGAUUUUCAGAGAGAACUGUUUUCAAUGGACGUUGAUUCUCAGAACCCAAUUUUUGAUGUCAACAUGACCGCAGAUACACUGGAUACCCCUCAUAUUACUCCAGCGCCCAGUCAGUGUAGCACUCCACCUACUACAUACCCACAGUCUAUACCUCACCCACAGCCCAGUAUUCAGAGGAUGGUUCGGCUUUCCAGUUCAGACAGCAUUGGAGCUGAUGUUACUGAUAUCCUUUCAGAUAUAGCAGAGGAGGCUUCCAAGCUACCCAGUACUAAUGAUGACUGUCCGCCCAUCGGUACUCCAGUAAGAGACUCUUCUAGUUCAGGACAUUCACAAAGUGCCCUCUUUGACCCAGAUGUGUUUCAGACAAACAAUAGUGAGAACCCAUACACUGAUCCAGCAGACCUUAUAGCAGAUGCUGCCGUGAGCCCCAACAGUGAUUCUUCAAAUCAUUUUUUCCCAGAUGGAGUAGAUUUCAAUCCUGACUUACUGAACAGUCAGAGUCAAAGUGGUUUUGGGGAGGAGUACUUUGAUGAGAGCAGCCAGAGUGGAGAUGCUGAUGAUUUUAAGGGCUAUGCACCCCAGCCUCUAAGUACUUUAGGAGUGCAAGUGUUGGGGGGUGAUGGAGGAGAAAAUAAAUUUAAAGGAAGCAGUCAGGCAGACACAGUUGACUUUAGUAUUAUUGCAUCUGCGAGCAAAGCACUGGGGUCCUCUGACAUUAUGGAGCAUCACAGUGGAAGCCAGAGCCCUUUAUUAAGCACAGGAGAUUUGGGAAAGGAAAAGCCUCAGAAACGGGUAAAGGAAGGCAAUGGUUCUGGGAGUAGCUUAUCAGGGCCUGGGCUAGAUGGUAAGCCAGGAAAACGCAGCCGGACCCCCUCUAGUGAUGGUAAAAGUAAAGAAAAGCUUCCAAAACGGAAGAAGGCAGACACAGAAGGGAAGUCUCCAUCUCACAGUACAUCUAACAGGCCUUUCACUCCACCAGCAAGCACAGGUGGGUCAAAAUCUCCUGGAAGUUCAGGCAGAUCCCAGACUCCCCCUGGGGUAGCUACUCCUCCUAUUCCAAAAAUCACAAUUCAGAUCCCAAAAGGGACAGUGACUGUUGGCAAACCUUCUUCGCAUGGACAGUAUACAAGUAGUGGCUCAGUCUCCUCCUCGAGCAGCAAAAGCCAUCAUAGCCAUUCCUCCUCUUCUUCCUCCUCCUCUUCUUCCACCUCAGGCAAAAUAAAAAGCAGCAAAUCUGAAGGGUCUUCUGGCUCAAAGAUGAGCAGCAGCCUCUACUCAAGCCAGGGUGGCUCUGGUUCAGGACAGUCGAAAAGCUCAGCUCAGUCCGUGGGAAAGCCUGGAUCCUCUCCCAUCACCAAACAUGGCCUCAGCAGCAGUUCUGGAGGUACUAAGAUGAAACCUCAAGGAAAACCUUCAUCGCUUAUGAACCCUUCAAUGAGUAAACCAAACAUUUCUCCUUCUCAUUCUAGACCUUCAGGGGGUUCUGACAAGCUUGCCUCUCCAAUGAAACCUGUUCCUGGUACUCCCCCAUCAUCGAAAGCAAAAUCACCUAUCAGUUCAGGUUCUGGAGGUUCGCAUAUGUCUGGGACGGGAUCAAGCUCAAGUAUGAAGUCUUCUUCAGGAAUGGGUUCCUCUGGAUCCAUGUCCCAGAAACCACCACCUUCAUCAAACUCUUCAACAGCAUCUUCAUCUUCCUUUUCAUCGAGUGGUUCUUCCAUGUCUUCAUCUCAAAACCAGCAUGGAAGCUCCAAAGGCAAAUCUCCCAGCAGAAACAAGAAGCCAUCUCUGACUGCAGUCAUAGAUAAACUUAAACAUGGGGUUGUCACUAGUGGGCCUGGUGGUGAAGAUCCAAUGGAUGGACAGAUGGGGCCGAGUUCCAAUUCCUCAAGCCAUACUAUGUCCUCCAAACACAACAUGUCUGGAGGCGAGUUCCAGGGGAAGCGGGAGAAAAGUGACAAAGACAAAUCUAAAGUCUCUGUUUCCGGAGGAUCUGUUGACUCUUCCAAAAAGACUUCAGAUUCCAAAAAUGUUGGAAGCACUGGUGUGGCCAAGAUUAUCAUCAGCAAACAUGAUGGUGGCUCCCCUAGCAUUAAAGCCAAAGUAACCUUGCAGAAACCCGGGGAAGGUGGUGGGGAUAGCUUGCGGCCUCAGAUGGCCUCUUCCAAAAGCUAUGGCUCCCCUUUGAUCAGUGGGUCUACUCCAAAGCAUGAACGUUGCUCACCCAGCCACAGUAAGUCACCAGCAUAUACUCCCCAAAACAUAGACAGUGAGAGCGAGUCUGGCUCCUCCAUAGCAGAGAAAUCCUAUCAGAACAGCCCCAGCUCUGAUGAUGGAAUUAGGCCUCUGCCAGAAUAUAGCUCAGAAAAGCAUAAGAAGCACAAAAAAGAGAAGAAGAAAGUGAAAGACAAAGAUCGUGACAGAGAGAGGGAUCGUGACAAGGACAGAGACAAGAAGAAGUCUCAUAGCAUUAAACCAGAAAGCUGGUCUAAAUCACCUAUUUCUUCUGACCAGUCUCUGUCCAUGACGAGCAGUGGUAUUCUGUCAGCUGAUAGGCCAUCUCGGCCAAGCCCCGAUUUCUUGAUUGGGGAGGAAGAUGAUGACCUCAUGGAUGUUGCUCUAAUUGGCAAUUAAUUUUUUUUUAAUUUAAAAGAUGAGGUGUGUACAGCACUGACUGGGUUCUAAAGAUGGAAAACAAAGAACCAUUCAUUUCAGACCUACCACGCUUACCUUAAAAGACAAUGUUAUAAACAGCAAAAAGUAUUGCUGAGGAUAUCAAAAACCUGAACAGAACACCUGUGACUGCUGAUCUGUGAUGGUGAAUGGCAUCUCAGAUGGCAAACCACUUUCCUGACUGUGGCCUUGAUCCUGCAGACACUUACAUUUAUGCUUAAUUUUACAUGUGUUAAUAGUCCCCAUGACAGUUAAUGGGUACAAAAUAAGUAUGCAUGUAAGUGCAAGAGCAGACCCUAAAUUGGUGCAAACACAAAAACCUAGGUUAUUCUGGGAGAAUCAUAUUUCUACUGCCCCCCUUUUCCCCUUUCAUCAUAAGUUUAUUUUUAGGAAGUUUUAAGAUAAUUAUUUUAAGGCAUAUUUUAAUAAUUGGGGCUUGGUUUUUUCUGUUAUUGUGGGAUGCUUUCAGGAAAAAAAUGCUUUUUAAAUUUUUUUAUUUUUUUUUUACUUCAUCAUUCAGUCUCUGAUUCUUUGAGGUGCUGAGGUCCUUCAUGUUCCUCUAGUAUCAGCAUCAAGGCAAAAUCAGACACUAUGUUCUGAUGAACAGUAAGAUUUUAUUCCGGGUUGAAUUGAUGAAGGAUAUUUGUCUAUGUUGGAUUUCCUUUUUGUUUUAGCUAUUUAUUUAUGUCCAUAUUUGAAUGCCUUGUGCUGCUUGCUUUCAUGCAGUCUUUACGUUUUAAUUGUAUGAUUUAGGGCUCAAAGGGACUUAGGAAAGUGGGAGUUUGAUUAGAAUCUGGGGACUUGAAAUGCUCUGGACGUGUGCAGCCACUGUAGCUUUGGUGAAGUUGGUAAAAUCUCAGACAACUUUGGAGCAAAAUUAAAUUGCAAACAAAAUAGUGACCCUCUGGUUUCUAUUAUCUUAAUCUGAGCACUGUUUGAUUUACAGCAAAUGAAAUUCCGCAGAAUCCCGCCAAUACUUCAUUUAGACAAACAGCCUUCACAGCAAUGUGUUUAAGGCUGAAUCCUGCAAACACUUACAAAUAUGCUGCAGAAUCUGGCCUUAUUUUAAAAUAUCUUUUCUGUUGUAAUGGUGCCAAGGGCAUUUUUUAAACUUUGUGCAGUACGUUUUUCAUCAUCAGCAAUGCUGUUAACACGCACAAGCAUUCUCCCCCCACUUCUUUGGGGAUUUUUAGUUCACCAGUAUGCAUGAAUCACUAAUGCGCUGGUGUUAGUACUUAAUGCUGCUGAAAAGCAGACCAGAGUGGUCUGUUGUCUGUAAAACUUCACAGCAAUAUAAGCAGCAACUUCCCCAAGUGGUGGAUUUUCCUCUGUCCCAAGACUUUAGAGCAAAGGGCAGGCAAGGUCUCCUAAUCCUGUUCCCUAACAGGAUAAGAAUGAAGAAUUUAUUUUAUGAAUGAAAGCAGUUAAAAUGAUGUUCAUGGGGAGGAGACAUGGAAAAGCCUUCAUGUACUCAAAUACAGUAUAUAAAAAGUACUGUGCAAUCUUCUCCCUUUAGGUCUCAUAGGCAAUCACACAGUCUGAAAUUCUGGCCUCACUGAGUUUUCACAUUGACUUCAGUGAGGGCAGGAUUUCACCUGUGGACUGGAGAAUACUCUGGACUGGCAGUAUGAAAAAGACCUUAUUUUGUAGGUUUCCUUCAAACUGCUGAAACUUCCAGUCUUGCAUAUAGUCCAACCCCUUGUCAACUUUCAGGGCAAACAGCUUCUCUUUUCUGGGUUUGUCCAAAGCCAGUGGAGCGCAUAUUAUUUUGGCAGAAUGGCUUCUACUCAGCUAGUUAGUUAAACAAAUGGCUUUUCCAUUCUUCCUGUCCUCAACUUAAUUUUGUGAUAUAUGCUGAAAUUGCUAUUAUAUGGAAAGCAGCAGUUGUGAAUUUCUCUUAAUACUUUCUAUAACUGGUGAUCUCUCCCUUCUUGUAUUUUCCAAUCUUCAUCCCUUGCUCCCAGUGGUCUGCAUACCAUAGUUUCCCUCUCACCAAUGCUCCCAUCUUCAUUUACUGAGAUGAUAGAAAAUAGUAAAUAAAGUCUAAACCUGGAGCAAAUGACAUUAUCUUAUGCAGCAUCAGAAUCGUAUGACUGAGGUGUCUGUGAAGAGGAUGUACGAAAUACAACACCAGAUGACUUUAUCUUGAGACCCUGCUACAGCUGCUGCUUCUUGGAAAAAAUACCUGUUCAGACUCCAACAGGUUGUCUGUUUUAAUUUUGUCCCUCUCAUUGAAGUUACUUUGUUUUAAAAGAGCCCUUUGAAUUGUUUUGGUUUGUGUGAAGGCUUUACAGAAUCUGAUAGCACUUUUACAAAAUUGGUGCAGGAUUUGGGAUUUCAAAGGGUGCUUCAUUGGAUUCCCAUGAAACAAGUGUUUCAUGUAAUGGUGUUUUAACAAAAUAUAGGAGAAGAUUAUUUUAAACAAAAACACUGUUCAGCUUCCCAAAGCAUACAGGUUAAAAUUAUAAGGGUAUUUUAACUGAAAUGACUGAACGUAUUUCCUUCCCUGCUUACCCAAGACCCAAGUUCAAUGUUCUAAAUUGUUCCUGUAAAAGGUGAGCAUUGCUAACACCUAAAGAAAUACAGGGAACAAAGUUGCAUCCUCUUUAAGCCUCUGUUGACAUCAAGUGCUGCAAGAGAAACUGAGUCCCAAACUGUGGUUAUAGCAGGUAAACAAGGUUUUUUUAAUCCAUUGUACUGCACUAUAAUUUUUUCCCUUUGAUUCAUCAUUUAUUUGACACUAAGUAUGGGAGAAAGAUAACUAUUAAAAGUCAGGCAACAGAUGCAUGAUGCUUCCAUUGCACUGAUUAGAGAAGAGGUACACGUGUCAAUAUUCCACAGACAUUUUACAUGUAAAAUGCUUGGUCUCUCAAAAAUGUUUUAUUUUAAAAAUAUUUUUGCUUAUUAUCUACAAUAUUUUACAUCUUUCAGUAUUGGAAAGAUAUAUGUAUAAACAAAAUAAAAUAAGCCAAACCUUUUAAUCUCAGGUUAAGAAAUGUACAUUGAGAUUAAAAGAAAAUGGUUCUUUCCUACAUGGUCAUUAUGUAAAUAUGUGUCUUGAAGUUUGCUUUUUUGUGGGCAACUGUGUAAAUAUUUCCUGCUAAUUUUUUCAUUCUUUUUUGAUGUAGAGUGUACUUUCAACUUUUUGGAAAUAUUGCAAAGAACAUGUUUAUUUACAUGCAAAUAAAUUUCUUUGGUAAGAA